AUGACCACACCCCCUAGCAGCAGUUAUACCAUUGCAUCAUGUGAUACAACCCCUCAGCAUUACCCUCUCUCACCUCAACUAUCAACAGAGCCUAGACUACCUAGCAUCCCACAAGAGGUGCAGUCUGAGCCACCUAUAUUAACUCCUACUCCUGAAGGCACUUGCCCCACUCGGACUCACCAGUUACCUGCACGAUUUAGAGAUGAGCCUCCUGAGCCACCUCCCCCUGUCCAACCACCACCACCACCAGCCAUUCGCCGAGUAAUUCUCCAUGUUUUUGACUCUUUACAGACAUCCAUAAAUCUAUUUGGUAUUGGAAGGGAGUACCAUCAUCGACUGACACACAACCCAGAUGCAUUUGUCUCUGCAGACCAGCUAUCCAACUUUCAUCCAGAUUCAAACCCUGAACCAUCCAAUACCAGGGUAGUGUCUUCCCCGAAGCCACCUCCUUGGCCUUGCAACCAAUUGUCUGAAGCUAAGGUAACUCAACUAGUCAAGGAAGUCCUAUCAGUGGAAGAUUUCAGUGUACAGGAUCUGAAUGGCUUCAAUGCCCAUACAGAAAUGGGGCAUUUUGAUUUGUCUGAAGCCAGUCUUGAUGACAAUGAUAUCUUCCAAAGGGACAGUUGGAAAGAGACAGCUGCAGAGAUUCUGGUGCUGACUAGGGAGAGAAAUCCAAGUGGGAAUGGACAGCCGUUUACUGUUCCAGGGUUCCAGUACUGUCCGCUCACAGCCAUGAUUCGUGCUGCUUUCUCCGAGGCAGCAUCAAAAUGGUUUCACUUCACUCCCUUCAAGCGCUUUUGGAUGUCCCCUGUAACUGGUCAAGAGCAGCAUCUCUAUGAUGAGCUCUAUACAUCAGAUGCAUGGAUUAAAGCACACGAUGAUUUGCAGAAGGAGAAGAGAAGUGACAGUUGUACCUUGGAGAGAGUCAUUGCUGGGCUUAUGUUUUGGUUGGAUUCAACACACUUAGCGCAGUUUGGGAAUGCUUCGGCAUGGCCAGUUUAUCUAUUUUUCAGAAACCAGUCCAAGUACAUGCGCACCUGCCCUACCUCCGGUGCAUGCCAUCCUGUAGCAUUCAUUCCUACUCUACCAGAAGUGAUCAAUCAAUUUAUUGCACAGAUUACCCUAGUUAAAAGGAAGAGUUACGAGGAUGUUCUAGCUCAUUGCAAGUGA